AUGAAGAACAGACCAACACAGUCAUCUCCCACAUCAAAACGCCAGUGGUCAAAGCCUCCAACAAAGCUCUGUGAGAACAAUCAGUUUGAUCAAACAUCUCAAAUAUGGAUCUAUCAUUUCAAACAGAUCAAUAACUUUAUAUUCCUCCCUUUUGUUUUGUCCAGACUCAGUGACUGUAACCUGUCAGAGAGAAGCUGUGAAGCUCUGUCCUCAGUUCUCAGAUCCCAGUCCUGUAGUCUGACACAUCUGGAUCUAAGCAACAAUGACCUGAAGGAUUCAGGGGUGAAGAUCCUGUCAGAUGGACUGAAGAGUCCAGGAUGCAGACUGGACACUCUCAGAUUGUCAGGAUGUCUGAUCACAGAGGAAGGAUGUUCUUCUCUGGUCUCAGCCCUAAAGUCCAAUCCGUCCCAUCUCAGACAGCUAGACCUGAGCCACAACCACCCAGGAGACUCUGGACAGGAGCUGUCUGCUCUAGUGGAGGAUCCAUACUGGAGACUGGACACUGUCAGGUUGGAGCCUGCUGGAGUCCAAAUGUUGAAACCAGGUCCAAGGAAGUAUUUCUGUGAACUCACCCUGGAUCCAAACACAGCGCACAAAUGCCUCAAACUGUCUGAAAACAACAAGAAGGUGAAACGAGUGAAGGCGGUUCAGUCAUAUCCUGAUCAUCAGGGCAGAUUUGAGUACUGGUCUCAGCUAAUGUGUUCAACUGGUCUGACUGGUCGCUGUUACUGGGAGGUCCAGUGGAGUGGACGGGUUAAUAUAUCAGUGACCUACAGAGGAAUCAGAAGGAAAGGAAUAGAUUUAGACUGUGUGUUUGGAAGAAAUGAUCAGUCCUGGAAUCUGUUCUGUUACGGAGGUGGAUACAGUGUCUGGCAUGAAAACAAACACACACCCCUCCCACAGUCCUCCUCCUCCUCCUCUGGUUCAGUAUCAGUGUAUGUGGACUGUCCUGCUGGAUCUGUGUCCUUCUACAGAGUCUCCUCUGACAAACUGAUCCACCUCCACACCUUCAAAACCACAUUCACUGAACCGCUGUUUGCUGGAUUUGGACUCUAUGAUCCUGGAUCCUCAGUGUAUUUGUGUGAUGUGUAGUUCUGUUGUGUAGUUGUGUUUGUGGACAUGUGGUUGUGUAGAUGUUAACACAAACAUCUGGACUUUCUACUGCUCAUAUUUCAUAAACAGCCUUUAGUUUUAAUGUAUGGGGGGUGUUGGUCCAUAAAUGUGAAUGUGAGCCUUACUGCCACCACCUGGUCUGGAGUGGGAACUACAACUGUACGUCCAAACUGACCAAACUACUCAUUUAUGUCAUUAUUCAAUUAUUUGAAUCUAAUUAAAGCCUCAUCUUCACCAUUUAUAAAUACACUAUAUUGCCAAAAGUAUUUGCUCACCUGCCUUGACUCGCAUAUGAAUUUAAGCGACAUCCCAUUCCUAGUCUAUGGGGUUCAAUAUGACGUCGCUCCACCCUUUGCAGCUCU